AUGGAGUCAGCAUAUCUUCAAAUGCAACUCAGGGCAUGUCUAACACAGGGUCUUGCAGAAGUGGCAAAAGUUCGUCCAGUGGAUCCAAUAGAAUACUUAGCGUUGUGGCUUUACAAGUAUAAAGAAAAUGUAACCGCAGAGCAAGCAAGAGAAAGGGAAAUGGUGGAGUUGGAACAUGAAAGAGAAAUAGCUCUAAUGGAGCAGGAAAUGAUGGAGCGGCUCAAAGCAGAGGAGCUCAUGUUUCAGGAGCAACAACUGGCCUUCCAGCUAGAGCUGGAAAUGCAAGAAAAAGAGAGAGUGAGAAUAGAAGAACUAAAGAAAAUAGAAGAAAUAAUGGCGAUGGAGGCAAGAAUGAAUAUGGAAAAUAUAGUUAAGGGUGAUGAUGCCCCCCAUUUAGAGGAAUCAGGCAAAACACUAGCUGAAAUUAGCUACCGGUACAGGGUGCCUAACUUGAGCAGAGUGGAGGAGGUUGAUGAGCUGAUGCUAUCUGAUGUUGCAUUAAACAUUGAUUAAGAUUUAUUGUCUCAACCAACCCGAAUAUUCCCCAGAUGGCUUCAGGAGUCCCUGAAUGACAGAUCUUCCUACGGGAAGACCAUCAGCAUCCAGGAGAGGCUGCCUCCUGGGAGGUUAUGGAAACAGGGGCUGCAGGCAGAGCGACGGCGGGAGAGGCCUUUCGGCGACGCUUUGUCCUGCACCCCACAAAGUGAAUGGCGUAAAAGCAACAAGUAUGCCUCGCCUUCAGGCAAGCAGGGCGCGAGGGAUGCGCUUGUGGGCUCCACCUGCCGUGAGCUGGCACGCGGGGUGGGCGCCCAGGAUGGCUCCUCGCCGGGCAGGCGGCUGGCACGGUGGUGCCGUCGGGCCCGCGGCCAGGCUUCGCUCCCACAAGCCUCUGAGAAGGAGCCUCCCAGACAGGGCCCAGCGCCUUAUACUCCAGACGACACUGAGGCUCAGAGCAGGGAAGAGGCUGGCCUGGAAGAAUUGGGACCAGAAUCCGGGCCUCCAGGCUCUCUCCACCAGCCCGUCUUUUAG